AUGUUUGCAUACCUCACGCUCUUGUCGGUGCUCACUGUAAGUGCGUUGUGUCAAGCAACGUCUGCGAUUGAGAAGCGUUCAUCUCCUGCUCCCUAUUCCACCUUCACCCACAAUCCGGUGUACUAUCCCCUUAAACAAGCUCCUCUGUGGCGGGUGUGCUAUGCCCGCGCCAUUCAGGUGCAAGACGGCAGUUUGCUCUUGACAUGGGAGGAUUAUCCAUACGGCGAGAACUCUGCAAAUCUUGACACCUUCAAGAUCCUUCGAUCGGUCGAUGGUGGCGCGAGCUGGUCCAAUUUCUCCCACGUCGCUGACACGCAAAAUGGAUGGGGCAUGCGCUUCCAACCAGACAUGUACAUCUUGAAAAACAAUAUCGGAAAGUACCCUGCUGGAACCUUGCUAAUCGCCGGCGUUUCAACGCCAUUGAGCCUUACCGGCGGGGUCUACAUAGAUCUUUAUACUUCUAGCGACAUGGGCAAGUCGUGGAAGUUCGCUAGUCACGUCGCGUAUGGUGCCGGACCCGAAACUGUGACGACAGGAGAUAAGGCUAUUUGGGAACCUUUCUUCCUGGAGUACAAUGGCAAGUUGAUUGUGUACUUCAGCGACCAGCGCGACCCGGCGCACUCACAAAAACUCUCACUUACAAGCACCACGGACUUACUUACCUGGUCUGCCUCGACGGACGUGGUCGCCUACUCCAAUGUCAACGCACGUCCUGGCAUGGCCGUAAUCUCUUACCUCCCAACCAUCGGACAGUACAUGUUAUCCUACGAGUACUGCAAUCCUCCCUCAGGCAGCGGCUGUCCUGCACACUAUCGACUUGCCUCCAAUCCGACCGAAUUUCUCAAUACCGCUGAUCAUACUCUGACCACGACUUCCGGCCACACGCCCGGUGGCUCACCCUACAGCGUUUGGUAUCAAUACCCAGGCUCGACCACAGACGGCGCGGUGAUCCUGUCGACCAACUCAGAUACGGAUCUUUUCGUAUCUAGAGAUAACGCAAGCACGUGGACUAUGGUCAACGUGAACCAGUACACGGGUCAAUCUCGCCACCUCUUGUUAUUUAAUGAUAAUGGGCAAGAGCGCCUGCACCUUGCUACGGCCGGCUUCUAUGGCUGUUCGGGUUCAUGCUAUAACUAUGUUUCGAACGGUGUCACGGCUCUUGAUGUCUUUGGUUAG